AUGUGUGCGUGCGGGCGACCUCAUCGUCUAUUGAAACUUCUUUCAACCCCCAAAACCUUUGAACGACACACUGUUUCCUUUUCUUUUUUUUCUUUUUUUUUUCUUUUUUUUAUUGUAUCUUUUUUCUUUCCUUCUUCUUUCCUUCCUUCUUUCCCUCCUCCAAUUCAUACUUUCAUUUCUCUUUCUUUCUUUCUUUCUUUCUUUCUUUCUUUCUUUCUUUCUUUCUUUCUUUAUUUAUUUAUUUAUUCAUUCAUUUAUUUUAUUUCGCACUUCCCGCCUUCUUUUUUCUCUAAUCAUACUUUUACUUUUCUUUCUGUCUUUCUUUCUUUCUGUCUUUCUUUCUUUCUUUCUUUAUUCUUUUUUCUUUUUUCAUUUUUUUUUUCAAAACUUUUCUUUUCUUUUUUUCUUUUUUCUUUCUUUUCUUUCUUCAUACUUUUACUUUUUUUUUUUUUUCUUUUCUUUUCUUUUUUCUUUCUUUUUUCUUUAUUUCUUUUUUUUUCUUUUUUUUUCUUUUAUUUCUUUUUAUUUUUUUUUUUUCUUUUUUCAAAACCAUACAUUCAUUCCCUUUCUUUUUUUUCUUUUUUUCUUUCUUUCUUUAUUCAUUCUUUUUUUUUUUUUUUCUCAGAUCCUAUUUUCAUUUCUAUCUUCCUUUAUUAUUUUUUUUUUUCUUUUCUUUUUCUUUUUUUUUCUUUUUCUCAAAUCCAUACUUUUAUUUUCUAUCUUUCUUUUUUUCUUUCUUUUCUUUCUUUUUUUUUCUCGAACCAUACUUUCAUUCCCUUUCUUUUCUUUUCUUUUUUUCUUUCUUUUCUUUCUUUCUUUCUUUUUCUUUUUCUUUUCAUUCUAUUUUCUCGAACCAUAACUUUCAUUUCCUUUCUUUCUUUCUUUCUAUUUUCUCGAACCAUACUUUCAUUCCCUUUCAACCAUACUUUCUUUUCUUUCUUUCUUUUUCUUUCUUUUCAUUCCCUUUCUUUCUUUUCUUUCUUUCUUUCUUUCUUUUUUUUUUCUCUCGAACCAUACUUUCAUUCCCUUUCUUUCUUUUUUCUUUCUAUUUUUUUCUCGAACCAUACUUUCAUUCCUUUUCUUUUCUUUCUUUUCUAUUUUCUCGAACCAUACUUUCAUUUCCCUUUCUUUUUCUUUCUUUCUUUUUCUUUUCUUUCAUUUUCUUUCUUUCUUUUUUCUAUUUUCUCGAACCAUACUUUCAUUCCCUUUCUUUCUUUCUUUCUUUCUUUCUUUCUUUCUUUCUUUCUAUUUUCUCGAACCAUACUUUCAUUCCCUUUCAACCAUACUUUCAUUCCCUUUCUUUCUUUCUAUUUUCUCGAACCAUACUUUCAUUCCCUUUCUUUCUUUCUUUCUUUCUUUCUUUCUUUCUUUCUAUUUUCUCGAACCAUACUUUCAUUCCCUUUCAACCAUACUUUCAUUCCCUUUUUUUCUUUUCUUUUCUAUUUUUCUCGAACCAUACUUUUCAUUCCCUUUCUUUCUAUUUUCUCGAACCAUACUUUCAUUCCCUUUCUUUCUUUCUUUUUCUUUCUUUCUUUCUUUCUAUUUUCUCGAACCAUACUUUCAUUCCCUUUCUUUCUUUCUUUCUAUUUUCUCGAACCAUACUUUCAUUCCCUUUCUUUCUUUCUAUUUUCUCGAACCAUACUUUCAUUCCCUUUCUUUUAUUUCUUUCUUUUUUCUUUCUUUCUUUUUUUUUUUCUUUUUCUCGAACCAUACUUUCAUUCCCCUUUCUUUUUUCUUUCUUUCUUUCUUUCUUUUCUUUCUUUCUAUUUUCUCGAACCAUACUUCAUUCCCCUUUAUGAAAUCCAUUCUUUCAUUCCCUUUCAACCAUACUUUCAUUCCCUUUCUUUCUUUCUUUCUUUCUAUUUUCUCGAACCAUACUUUCAUUCCCUUUCUUUCUUUCUAUUUUCUCGAACCAUACUUUCAUUCCCUUUCUUUAUUUCUUUCUUUCUUUCUUUCUUUCUUUCUUUCUUUCUUUCUAUUUUCUCGAACCAUACUUUCAUUCCCUUUCUUUCUUUCUUUCUUUCUUUCUUUCUUUCUUUCUUUCUUUCUAUUUUCUCGAACCAUACUUUCAUUCCCUUUCAACCAUACUUUCAUUCCCUUUCUUUCUUUCUUUCUUUCUAUUUUCUCGAACCAUACUUUCAUUCCCUUUCUUUCUUUCUUUCUUUCUUUCUAUUUUCUCGAACCAUACUUUCAUUCCCUUUCUUUCUUUCUUUCUUUCUUUCUUUCUUUCUUUCUUUCUUUCUAUUUUUUUUUUCUCGAACCAUACUUUCAUUCCUUUAUUUUCUUUCUUUUUCUUUCUUUUCUAUUUUCUCGAACCAUACUUUCAUUCCCUUUUCUUUCUUUCUUUUCUUUCUUUUCUAUUUUCUCGGACCAUACUUUCAUUCCCUUUCAACCAUACUUUUCUUUCUUUCUUUUUCUUUUUCUUUCCAUUUUUUUCUUUUCUUUCUUUUUUCUUUUUCUCGAACCAUACUUUCAUUCCCUUUCUUUCUUUCUUUUUCUUUCUUUCUUUUUCCUUUUUUCUAUUUUCUCGAACCAUACUUUCAUUCCUUUCAACCAUUUCUUUCAUUUUCCCUUUUCAUUCAUUUUUUUCUUUUUUCUAUUUUUUUCUCGAACCAUAUUUUCAUUCCCUUUCUUUCUUUUCUUUAUUUUCUCGAACCAUACUUUCAUUCCCUUUUUCUUUCUUUUCUUUUUUUCUUUUCUAUUUUUCUCGAACCAUUUUCUUUCAUUCCCUUUUCUUUCUUUUCCCCUUUCUUUCUAUUUUCUCGAACCAUACUUUCAUAUCCCUUUCUUUCUUUCUUUCUUUUAUUUUUUCUCGAACCAUACUUUCAUUCCCUUUCUUCCUUUCUUUUUUUCUAUUUUCUCGACCAUACUUUCAUUUCCUUUCUUUCUUUCUUUCUAUUUUUCUCGAACCAUACAUUCAUUCCCUUUCUUUUUUCUUUUCUUUUUUUUAUUUCCUUUUUCGACCAUACUUUCAUUCCCUUUCUUUUCUUUUUCUAUUUUCUCGAACCAUACUUUCAUUCCCUUUUUCUUUCUUUUUUCUUUCUAUUUUUCUCGAACCAUUUUUCAUUUUCCCUUUCUUUUUUUUCCUUUCUUUUUCUAUUUUCUCGAACCAUACUUUCAUUCCCUUUCUUUAUUUCUUUCUUUCUUUCUUUUUUUCUCGAACCAUACUUUCAUUCCCUUUCUUUUCCUUUUCUUUUUUCUUUCUUUUCUCGAACCAUACUUUCAUUCCCUUUCUUUCUUUUUCUAUUUUUCUCGAACCAUACUUUCAUUCCCUUUCUUUCUUUCUUUUUUUUUCUAUUUUUCUCGAACCAUACUUUCAUUCCCUUUCUUCCUUUUCUUUUUUCUUUCUAUUUUUUCGAACCAUACUUUCAUUCCUUUUUUUUUUCAUUUCUUUCUUUUUUUCUUUUUUUUUUUCUCGAACCAUACUUUCCCUUCCCUUUUCUUUUUCUUUUUCUCGAACCAUAUUUUCCCUUUCUUUAUUUCUUUCUUUUUUUCUUUUCCAUACUUUCAUUCCCUUUCAACCUUUCUUUCUUUUCUAUUUCUUUCUUUCUUUCUUUCUUUAUUUUCUCGAACUUUCUUUUUUUCAUUUUUCUUUUCUUUUUCUUUUUUCUUUUUCUCGAACCAUUCUUUCAUUCCUUUCUUUCUUUCUUUCUUUCAUUUCCUUUCUUUUUCUUUCUUUCUUUUCUAUUUUCUCGAACCAUACUUUCAUUCCCUUUCUUUUUUUUCUUUCUUUCUUUCAUUUUCUCGAACCAUUUUUCCUUUCAACCAUACUUUCUUUUCCCUUUCUUUCUUUCUUUCUUUUUUAUUUUUUCUCUUAUUUUCUCGAACCAUACUUUCAUUUUCCCUUUUCCUUUUCUUUCUUUCUUUUUUUUUCGAACCAUUUUCAUUUUUUUUCUUUCUUUUUUUCUUUUUUCUCGAACCAUACUUUUUUCCCUUUCUUUUUUCUUUCCUCGACAUUUUCAUUCCCUUUCUUUCUUUUUUCUUUUCUAUUUUUCUCGAACCAUACUUUCAUUCCCCUUUUCCUUUCUUUCUUUUUUCUCGAACCAUACUUUCAUUCCUUUUCUUUCAUUUUCCCCUUUUUUCUUUCUUUUUUCUCGAACCAUAUUUUUCUUUCCUUUUUUCUUUCUAUUUUCCUUGAACCAUACUUUCAUUCCCUUUCUUUCUUUUUUCUUUCUUUUUUCUUUCUUUCCAUUUUUCUCAGAACCAUUUUACUUUCUUUCUUUUUCUUUUUCUCAACCAUACUUUCAUUCCCUUUCUUUUUUUUCUUUUUUUCUUUUUCUAUUUUCUCGAACCAUACUUUCAUUCCUUUUCUUUCUUUUUUUCUUUCUUUUUCUCGAACCAUACCAUUCCCUUUCUUUUUCUUUUUUUUCUUUCUAUUUUCUCCCCAUUUUCAUUUCCCUUUCUUUCUAUUUUCUCGAACCAUACUUUCAUUCCCUUUUCUUUCUUUUUCUUUUUUUUCUUUCUUUCCUUUUUUUCUCGAACCAUACUUUUUCCCUUUCUUUCUUUUCUUUUUUUUCUCGAACCAUACUUUCAUUUUAUUUUUCUUUCUAUUUUCUCGAACCAUACUUUCAUUUCCUUUUUCUUUUUUGA